CCCUAAGCGGCUCCAUACGCGCGUCCUGUGCCUCAUGAAGCAAACCCAGAAUCAUAAAGCGGACACAGCGGGGGACCGAGCUGCUGCUUCACUCUUAAUUUUCCACAUACUCCCCUGAGUAUUUUCUUUUCUCUUCGUAUGUCUUAUUCUGAGGAAAGUGGACUUUUUUCCUUUUUUCCUCCUUACUUUUCUUUUCCUCGCAGCGCACAGCCCGUCGUCAGCGUGAUUUGAAACAAAUUAACGAGGUUUAAAAUGAACGAAGCACCCGAAGUACCCGAGACCAACCUAUCUCUACUCUAUGACAACUGGACAUUUUACAACAACUCAGAAGAGUCCGUCAUACCCAGGAAAAACAUCACCUAUGUAGGAUUUUACCUGCACCAGUCCUCCACCGCGGCUAUCUUCAUCGUGUCCUACCUGCUCAUCUUCCUCGUGUGCAUGGUGGGGAAUGGGGUGGUGUGCUUCAUCGUGCUGCGGAGCAAAAACAUGCGGACUGUGACCAACUUGUUCAUCCUGAAUCUUGCUGUGAGCGACCUCCUGGUUGGGAUUUUCUGCAUGCCCACCACACUCCUGGACAACAUUAUCACAGGAUGGCCUUUUGGGAGCUUGGUCUGCAAAAUGAGUGGCAUGGUUCAAGGCAUCUCUGUGUCAGCAUCUGUCUUCACGCUGGUGGCUAUUGCUGUCGACAGAUUCCGAUGCAUUGUCUACCCCUUCAAGCAAAAGCUGACCAUAUCUACAGCCACCUUGAUAAUAGUCAUCAUCUGGGUUCUGGCCAUAUCCAUUAUGUGUCCUUCUGGGGUGAUGCUACAAGUGACCAAGGAGCAAAGCAUUCGGGUUUUACUCGGCUACGACAACAAAACAACUCCGUUUUAUUGGUGCAGGGAGAACUGGCCAAACCAGGAGAUGAGGAAGAUCUACACCACGGUCUUGUUUGCAAACAUCUACCUUGCCCCACUUUCCCUCAUUGUGAUAAUGUACGCCCGGAUUGGCAUUACGCUUUUCAAGACGGCAGUUCCGUCAGAAGGAAAGCCGGGCCACAACAACCGUCACACUGUGUCAAAGAAAAAGCAAAGGGUGAUUAAGAUGCUCUUGAUCGUCGCUCUGCUCUUCAUUCUUUCCUGGCUGCCUCUGUGGACUCUCAUGAUGCUGAGCGACUAUGCCAGCCUCACCGAGCCGCAGUACAGAAUCAUUAACAUUUACAUUUACCCCUUUGCCCACUGGCUCGCCUUCUUCAACAGCAGCGUCAAUCCCAUCAUCUACGGUUUCUUCAAUGAGAAUUUCCGCAGCGGAUUUCAAGCUGUGUUCAAGUUCAGCCUGUGCGCGGCAGAUGGACAUCGGAGGAAGACCUACUCACACAGGCUGCAGGGAAACUCUGUGCUCCCGGCCAACAAUGCACAGACUUCUCUGGAGCCUAUUUCUCUUAAUAGCUUGGAUAAAACCACUUCCAGGCGCCUCAACCACGUCACUGAGCAGGACUUGGUCAUGGAGGAUCUGGAAAAGGCGUCGUGCAGUAGUGGGGGUGUGACAGCUGUGUCUAUUUGAGAAGACACACACACAUACACACACACAGAGACAUUUUUCAAGGAGAUAAGCUAAGGUUCUCGUGUUCCAAUAAAAUUGCAGCUACCUUUCAAACUUACAGCCUCCACUUAGCCCAAGUAGACUUCAGAACUCUUCUAAAUAGGUUAAAGAAACAUUAUUUUACAGAUAAUCUUUCUAUGGCCAUUUUAAUAAAUUGAGAUAAGCAAUUGGCCCUGCACAAUUUAAAAAGUCAGGAAUUUACGGCCCACUCUUGAAAUACUAACGACACACACAGGCAUGCACUUUAUGUUGCACAUGCUGUGCAACAUUUGAGAUAUGUUGUGUUGUUUUAGGCUGGAAAACAAACCAACAUAACAAUAAUUGUCCAGUGUUGAUAUCGUAAACUAUGACUGAUAACAGGCUAGUGUUCCGCUCUCUUACAAAACUAUGUAUAAAUGUAUAAAGAUGCAUCAGGCAUGACAUGUUUGUGAUGUUUGCAGAGAAGAUUUCCAAAUGAACCGCUCAAAUAUGAUUUUUUUCUUUGAUUUAAUUUCCUCGCAGAUUAGCACAAUUGACAAAAGCAAGCACAGAAACAAGGCACGGACGUCAAACGUUGUCAAACUCUGAUGCAAAAAGAAGUCUCCUUAUGUUCCAUCUUUUCUCAUUUCUAAGUCAUUUCAGAGAAUUGAGCCCGAUUUGACAGAUUUUUGUCUUAAUUUGUCUUUCCGUGAAUUUGUUCGCGUGGCCGCGGGAAAGUGUCGGACAGUGAAUAUCAGCAUUAAUGUAAACGUGUUCGUUUUCAUUCAGAGAAAACAACAAGUUCAACAGGUUUAUCCACAGACUCGUUCCAACGUCUGGAACACAACAAAAAAUGAGAAGAAAAGAAAAUGCCG